AUGGUGUUGGGUAUGUUGGUCCUGAACAACACGGCUAAUGCAGCAACCUAUAAAGUUGGGGACGCUACAGGUUGGACCUUCAAUGUAGCUGGCUGGGAAAAUGGCAAGAAUUUCAAAGCAGACGAUGUACUUGUGUUUAAUUAUAAACCGGAAUAUCACAAUGUAGUGGUGGUAGACGAGAAUGGAUAUUGCAAUUGCACCGCUCCUUUCGGCGCCAAAGUGUACCACAGUGGAGAAGAUCAUAUUAAGCUUGUCAAGGGACAAAAUUACUUCAUUUGCAGUUUUCCCGGACAUUGCAAUAAGGGAUUGAGGAUAGCCAUUGAUGCGGCUUAG